ACUAUCAAAAAUAUUUUAAAGUCAAUUUGACAAUUUAAAAAAUAAUAAAAUCUUUUUUUUUUGUAAAUAAAAUGGAAAAUCAAUCGCAACGACCUUCCAAAUUACGUCUUUUCUUGGUUGUUAUAUUUGGAAAUUUAUCAAGUUUUACACUUGGAACUUGCAUAGCAUGGCCUUCACCAAUGAUGCCUAAACUCAGAAACCAAUCCGAUGAUAGUCCAGUAAGUAUUGCCAUAGACAAAAACCAGGAAGGAUGGAUAUUUUCGCUAAUUUCAAUUGGGGCUGGCUGUUCUGCACUCAUCGCUGGACCUCUUGCUGAUCGAAUUGGGCGUAAGCCGACCAUGAUGCUCGGUUCAAUUAUGUUCAUCCUGGCUUACAUAACAAUGAUACUGGCAAACAGAAUUGAGGUCAUCUAUUUAGGACGAAUUCUUGAGGGUAUGGGAGCUGGCUGCACAAUGACAGUUGUUCCUAUGUAUGUUGGUGAAAUAGCGACAAAAGAAAGUCGUGGCUCGGCUUUGAGUCUAAUGAUGCUGUUUAUGACUCUUGGAAUGCUGUACGUAUAUUGCAUUGGUCCAUAUACAAGGUAUCUAGUUAUGCAAGUGUGCUGUCUCGCCAUUCCAUCAAUGUCAUUUUGGGGAUAUUUCCUCAUACCAGAAAGUCCAUAUUAUUUGGUCAAAAAAGAUCGCAUUGAUUCAGCUUUGAGGUCCUUGCAAACAAUUCGUGGUCAACCUCUUGACAUCGUUAAGAAUGAACUUCCAGCUAUUCAAGAAUCGAUAGAACAGUCUAGGACAAUGACAACGGGUCGAUGCGCGGACAUAACAAAAAACCCUGCCAACCGAAGAGCCCUGAUCAUUGUUCUAGGCUUGAUGAUGUUUCAACAAUUUUCUGGAGCAGUCAUAAUUAUUAUUAAUUCACAAUCAAUAUUCAUGCAAGCCAAUGCCAGUCUAGGAUCAGCUGUUUCUUCAAUUAUUGUUGGUAUUGUUCAAGUUUGUUCGAGUGUCACUCUUCAAAUAAUUGUCGAUUUAUGGAAACGCCGCACAUUAUUGAGAUUAUCAGCCAUUGGAAUGGGAAUAGCCCAAUUUACACUGGGAACAUUCUUCUUUAUCGAUACACGGGGUGGUGCAUCGCACAUACGAUGGUUACCAAUGUUGGCAUUUAUUUUAUUUCAACUUUCAUAUCGCAUCGGAUUUGGUCCAUUACCAUUUACAGUAUUGGGAGAAUUAUUUCCACCGAAUAUUAAAUCAGUAGCAGCCACUUCAGUGACAAUAACUUGUUGGGGUUUGGGGUUUUUGAUAGCUCGUUUUUAUCCAUUGUAUAAUGCACUCGGAUCGUAUUAUGUGUUUUGGACAUUUUCAAUAUUUUGUGUGUUGGCAUUUCUAUUUGCACAAUUUAUUGUGAUGGAAACUCAUGGUUUAAGUUUGAAUGAAAUUCAAGACCGUUUACAAAAACUUACUCAGUAGAAUAUUCAAAUUUUUUUAGUUAAAUAUAAAAAUAUAUAUUUUAUUGAUAAAUAUA